ACGAAUCUGUCAGAUGGAACGGAUGACAGAUGACGCGACAGUCGCGUUUCCAAGCCGGUAAAUCUAACAAAAUAAUCGGAUCGGAUUCAGAAAAUAAUAUUGAAAUGUAAAAAUUAAAUGAGAAUUUUUUUCAAAAUUGCUCUUUUUUACACUUUCAUGCAAAUGCGCACGUAGAACGGAAAUUGGACAGUUCGAUCUUGACGGUGACGUGUUGAUGCUGAUUACGGGGCAAAGUCGAAUGAGCGAAAGUUCGUAAUAAGCAUGCCUUUAUAAUUGCAUCGUGCUGGAAAUUGGAAGAAAUUAAUUACACGGAAUUACACAAUCCAGAUCGCUUCCUCUAGGAGCUGAACCGAUACGAGGCCGCUAAUCAUUGGCUAAGCCAUGAACGGAAGAACGAUAAGAUUAGCUAAGUGUAGGUUCCUCCACACAUGCAUCAUUAUUUAUUAAAGUAACGAUAUUGUACUUUAAAAAAAAUUGCGAGGACUGCUCGACGAUGACGGAGCACGAGCAAAACGCGAUGUUCGUGCGGGUGAUGUCGGCGUUCUUUUACGGCUUGUCGUCGUUCAUGAUAACAGUCGUCAACAAGACCGUCCUCACGUCAUUCGCCUUUCCGUCCUUCCAAGUGCUGGGGAUUGGCCAAAUGUUGGCAACAAUCCUGGUGUUGUUCGUCGCCAAGAAACUACGUUAUGUCGAUUAUCCUAGUCUGGAGGUGACGACGUUCACUAAGAUAUGGCCCUUGCCGUUGAUCUACAUCGGCAACAUGAUAUUUGGACUGGGUGGUACCAAGCAGCUCAGCUUACCGAUGUUCACCGCCUUGAGGAGAUUCAGUAUCCUCAUGACGAUGAUAGCAGAGUACUACAUCCUUGGCAUUAAAGCACGCCUGUCCAUUCAGUUGAGCGUUUACACCAUGAUUCUAGGAGCGGUGGUAGCUGCCUUGAACGAUCUUGCCUUUAAUCUUGAAGGAUAUAUUUUUAUCCUGUUGAACGUUUUCACCGCCGCUAAUGGUGUUUACGUGAAAAAGAAGUUAGACUCUAAGGAGUUGGGGAAGUACGGACUGAUGUAUUAUAAUUCUCUGUUUAUGCUGGGCCCAACAAUCCUGUUGGCCUGGUGGAUGGGUGAUAUAGCCUUAGCGUUAGAAUUUCCCGAUUGGUCGAAUCUGUUAUUCAUUUUACAGUUUAUGUUAUCUUGUAUAAUGGGCUUCAUAUUGUUGUAUAGCAUGCUCUUAUGUACACUGUAUAACUCUGCAUUGACCACCACUAUAAUCGGAUGCUUGAAGAACAUAUGUGUAACGUAUCUUGGUAUGGUCAUUGGUGGAGAUUAUAUAUUUUCCUGGCUGAACUUUGUAGGAUUGAAUUUAAGUGUGAUAGGUAGUUUAGUAUACACUUGGGUAACGUUCCGCAAAAGGGAAACUUCGCAGCCAAAGUAUACUCUGUUGACUGAAUCUCAGACCUGUAAGAUACAGGCUGAAAAACGUUCAGGUCAAUUAAGGGUACAGAGUAUCGCCAUGAUAAAAGUUAGUUGUAAUAUCUGCCGUUUCGCGACCGCCUCGACACGCGAGACCUUUCUGGAGGAUUAUGCCAAACAUCAUGUAUCCUUAUCCUCCCUGCAACGUCUACUUCUCACGGCGGGCUCGGCGGCGAUAUCGUUGGCGAAUCCGUUUCGAGGUGACAUGAUAGCGUGUCUCGGAGAAACCACUGGUACAAACGCCCUCGUACACUGUCAUCGACAGAUGAAGGAAACCGCUGAGGGUCAGCGUAUACUCGCGCAAAAGCCACGCGUAAACACGUCCACCGUUGAUCUCUCUUAUCUCGGAGACCUGCCACCAGGAACCGUAGGCAGAACGUAUCGCGAUUUUUUGGACAACAACAAUGUAUCCCCUGACGAUAGAACAAUGGUACAAUUCGUCGAGGACACCGAGCUGGCCUACGUGAUGCAACGGUAUCGAGAAGUGCACGAUAUCUUCCACGCUAUGCUUUUAAUGCCGACGACGAUGCUGGGAGAGGUGUCGGUUAAAUGGGUAGAGGCUCUACAGACGCAUCUGCCGAUGUGCAUAACCGGUGCAAUAUUCGGAGCUAGUCGGCUACGUUCUAGACAAAGACGAUUGUACUUAGAUUAUCAUCUCCCAUGGUCUAUAAAUACAGGAUUGAACGCAAAGUUCUUGUUAGGGAUUUAUUACGAGGAGCGUUGGGAACAGUCUCUCGAGGAUUUUCACAGAGAGAUGAAUAUCACACGUCUCGUAUGAUGAAAAUUUAGUCAGUCGAGAAACAAAAUUGUUAAUAAUUACUGUAAAUAAUUUAUCAGUUAUUAUAUAGUUGUGAUAAAACGAAAAAUAAAAUUCUGGUAAACGUUCAUCUCCUUACAGUUUUAAUUUCGCUAAACCUUUCAAUUUUCUAAGUUGUGUAAUUUUAAAUAAAGUGUGCUUUAUAAUUUUCUGUUUAAAUUUGGAUAAUCGUCGGAUCAGUUUCGAAAGCAACACACAUUAUUGAUAUUACAAAUUUGAUUUAAUUAAACGUUACAU